AUGAAGGCAUCGUCAUCAUCCUCAUCGCUUCCAUCGGGGCCACCAUCCUCACAGCCACCAGAGUUCCCUGACUACACGUACGACGUGUUCUUGAGCUUCAGAGGUGAAGACACACGGAGGACCUUCACCGACCACCUCUACGCGGCACUAGUUCGUGCCGGAGUCAGGACGUUUAGGGAUACCGAGGGACUAAGAAGGGGAGAAAACAUAGCGGAGGAUUUGGUGGAGAUAAUCCAAGGGUGUAGGAUCUCACUCAUCGUCUUCUCAGAAAAGUACGCGGAUUCGAGUUGGUGUCUCGAGGAGCUGCUGUAG